AUGGUGGCAAAGUGUGAAGUUCACAUUUCAGGAGUAACAUUCUCCUACCUAGUCUCAUCCUUAUUGGGUUCAAAUCCUACAGUAAAACACCAGUACUCCCUUUUUGGUAACUGUGAUAUUCGUGAGGAUGAUAGUGAUGAAGCAGAGAGUACAAAAAUUAUUGAGGUUGUUCUGACAACUGUAUUACCCGCAGGGGUGCCUGCACCCAAGGGUCCUGCUUUUCUAGGAUAUGCUUCGGCACGUAGAUGUGGUCCUCAUAAACUAUCAUACGAUGACACAAAAUUUCUUCUUGAGGGGACUUCUCAGCUUGAUAUUACACAUGAGGAUGGACCCUUUCGAUGUCCAUGUUUUUUGCUCUUGUUAACAAUUUCUUCAGGUAUUUCUUCAGUCAAUGGUACAAUCAAGGUAGAGUACAGUAUUUUUCAGGGUGUGGGCUCCGAAUAUUCCAACCUUACAAAUAAGAAUGCAAUUCCUCUUGUAAUUGACAAUAUGGUAGAUUCUCUUUCGGGUUUUGUUCGUCUUGCUAGCUUGGGUUCCCAUGGCUCAAGACCUAAAUCCAAUUCAUUUUCAUUGCGAAAUUCUCCACAAACUGUUGGAGAGACUUUUAGGUGUUCUCUUGCAGAGCUGGAGAGAGCAAGUAAUAAGGAAUAUGAACUUCUUCAGCGCAUAAUGAAUCUGGAGAAGAAACUUCAAAAAGAGACAAACUUCCACUGA